AUGAAGAUCUGCAACUGGAACGUACGUACACUUUACCAAAGUGGCAAUGUAGCACAGGUUGCCAGAGAAAUGACAAGAAGAGAUACAGAUAUCAUUAGUGAAACUCAUUGGACCGGACGAGGGAAAAUCCAGAUAGCAGAAGGAGAGACAAUCAUCUACUCCGGAAGGGACGAUAACAUCCACAGAGAAUGUGUUGCCAUACUUAUGUCAAAGAAAGCAUCAAGUGCGCUGAUAGAUUGGACACCAGUAAACGAAAGGAUCAUCCUAGCAAGGUUUUUCUCAAAGCAAAUCAAGCUGACGCUUGUGCACAUAUACACACCUACAGAAGAUGCAGAAGAUCAAGUGAAAGAUGAGUUUUAUGCAAGACUACAAGAGGUACUGGAAAGAAGAAACCGGCAUGACAUGUUGAUAUGA